AAUUAUAAUACAUAAUAGAAAAAGAUAUUUCAUGUGAAGGUUAAAGAUGUAAUAAUAUGACAUUUAAAUAUGUUACCAAAAAUGAUUACCAUGUGGUAUUCCGUGUAAAUCAUGUUGAUGCAUACGAUAGACUGGAAAUUCAUGUGAUGCUGUUACAGGAUUAACCGGAGAGAUAAUAAUAAAAAUUGGCAAGACUAUUAAUAAAUAAUAUGGUAAAUAGCCCCGACAUAAUUCAGCAAAACUAUCACAUUCUUCUAACCACAUGGCGACACAGAUUUUUUCCUUUUGAAACUUUACUAUAUAUCUUAUUUUUUUCACUUAAUUUCAUUUAUCUAUCUUUGAUAGAUGAACUCCAUAUAAAAUCAGCAAAGAUAUGAUCGCACACUUCUAGAAACAAUCUUCUUUUAUUUAAUUAAAUUUCAAAGUAAAAUCCAGAGUAGCCAACAGAUUAUCGUACAUAUACUAGAUAAAUCCAAGAAUUGUCGCUAGUGUCGUUGACUAUGGAUACAUGAAAAUAUAUCCAUUAAUAAUGAUUUUUGUGAUAUAUAAAUUUUAUUCGAAUAAUACAUUUCUUAAAAUUAUUAUCUGAAAAGAAUUUAUUAUAUGCUUUUAUAUGACGGUGGUAGUCGAUGCAGAUCGAUGAUUGUCGAUCGAUAAUUACUAAAUAAAAUAAAAAUUAAAUGCAGCCAAUUAAUAAUUGUAAUGGGAUAUAUACAAUGUAAAAAAUUAUAUAUAUUACAUCGAAAGUAAUAUCGAUUGUCCAGGUCUCACCACGUGAAGGGUACUGCAUGCAGAGAUCCUCUUAUUUAUAACAAAAUAUUAAAUAUUCAAAAAUAAAACAAAUUUAAAAGUAUUAAUUAUUUUUUUGGCAUUAAAAUGUUACCACAUCGUAGUAACCUUUUGAUGAAAUGACCUUUUAUUGAAAUUUUAAUUUUGUUUAGAAGUUAAAUACUCUAAAGUUUAUUAUUAAAGUUAAUUAUAUAUAAAGUUAUUUAUUUGAGAUGUAUUAUUAAAAUCAUUUAAUGUUUCGAAACAAUUUCGUGAUGUCAUAUUGAAGAAUUUCUAGUUCUUUAAUUUUUUACGUUAUUUAUUUUUCAUAAGUUACUAUGUGCUUCAAUUUCAAAACAGUAAUUCACUAUUAAAAACGCGGGCCGAUGAACGAAAGCGUUAUCAAUUUCUUUUCAUUUGUUUGUAUGUUUUUUUGCGAAUUAAUUAUAAUUGAUUAUAAUUUAUAAAAAUGUCACAAUUUCAUAGUUUUUUAAAUGAAAGUAUAUCUCAUAUCGAUGAAACUAAAAAAAAAACAAAUCGUUCAAAAAGAAUAAAUAAUAUCGUGCCACUGAUGACAUAUCAUAUAAUUAAUUUGAAAGAUCAGUCAGAUGAAUUAUCAUUGUGGGGUUUACCUGUAUCUAUCAUCACAAUUGUGGGUAUAGUACGUCAUGCUGAACGAGAUUCGACAAAAGUUACUUAUGAUAUUGAAGAUGAAACAGGCACCGUGACAGCAUUAAGCUGGAUAGAUUCUAAUAGACAAUUAGUCAAUCCAUUUUUAUUAGAAGUCAAUGUUUAUGUUCGUGUAUAUGGCACAAUUCGUUAUUAUAAUGGUAAACAACAUAUUUUGGUUAUCAGUAUUGUACCUAUAGAAGGUUUAAAUGAAUUAACUAAUCACUUACUUGAAGUCACAUAUAUUACAUUAAAAGCUCAAGAAAUGGCAGGAAUAGAUACAAAAAUAUCAAAAGCUGAAAGAAAUGUUGAAAGUAAUACAUGCAAUAAUAUGGAUCCAAACCAGUCUGCAAUUUUUAACAUUAUUCUGACUAGAUGUGAUACCGACUGUGGCAUUGGAAGAGCAAUGAUUAAAGAAUGUGCACCACAUCACUUAAAAUCACAAGUAGAUACAAUAUUAGAAUUUCUUAUUAAUGAAGGACAUAUCUAUACUACACUUACAAAUGAUCACUUUAAAACUACAUAAGUUUUACAUGUAUUUAUAUUGUAUUAUUUAUAAUUCUAUUAUAUUACAUAAUUUCUUGUUUAUGCAAUUUACAUAAUUUUUAUAUAAAGUGUUACCAUUUUCAUAUUUUUCA